GAUCGAUUGGCUUUGUCUUGAACGCUGUGCGUGAAGGGAAGAACAUGUUUGGAUGAACUCAGUCUACUUUCUUUUUCUUAAAUAUAUAUUUAGGGAUUACCCAGUUAAUAACUCUGUGUAAGCCAUGCUGCCCCUGAAGGAGAAGGAUAAACCCAUCGUCCGGAAGCUGCUGUCUGCUGGUUGCUGCCCUCGCUGUAUCCUCAGAUUCUGCUGCGUCAGCGUCCAGGCCGCCUAUCGACAACCACAACAGGAAACACUCAAGGAGCUUCAAGCUUUCGUGGCAGACGCGGAAAAUGGCAAAUGUCCAGAUUCAGCUGCAUCGGAGCCUCAAGCUGCAGCAGAACCAGAAACACCUGACGACCCCCCCAGCAAGAGAGCAAAACUAGAGCCCAGCGUGACGGCCGCUGGGUCCGAGGGAGACGCCGCCGCCGCCGCCGUGGACGGACCGAAGGACGAGGGGUCGCCCGUGUGCGUGGUGUGUUUGGGAGUCCUGCAGGAACACUGUGGCCCUGUCCCGGCCGCAAAGAUGUCAGAGGCGGUGAAGGCGGAAAAAUAUGAGUUUGACACGCUGGUGUUGUCUGUUUCUCUUCCUGCUCAGCUGUGUGUUCGCGAGCACUCCUGUUGGCUCCAUGUGAAGAAGGAAGUCAGAGAGAAGGGUUUGGUGCAGGACAAGGACGACGUCAUCCAGGUGAAGGAGGCCUUCAAGUGGAUCAUGCAGGGCCUGGUCUCCAAGGAGCUGGGAGGCGUCGCCGUGGUUACCAGGAGUCCGUUCGAGGUCGGCGUGGAGUUCACUCACGCGGAGACGGACGCCGACUGCCACUUCCUGGCAACGACGUGUCCUGACUGCUUCAGACCCACCAAGAACAAACAGUCUGUCUUCACCAGGAUGGCCGUGGUCAAAGCUCUGGAAAAGAUAUCCGACGCCAGAUUUCUCAAACAUUACCCUUGUCCUCCAGCACGGACGACCAGCAGCUGCAGCCCUCAGGACGUCCAGUGUCUCCACGUGUCCGUCUUCAUAGCUGGACGAUACAACAAGUUUUGCCGCAGUCUCCCUCAGACUCCCUGGGUGAUCGACGGGGAGAGGAGGAUGGAGUCGUCGGUGGAGGAGCUCAUCGCAGCUCCAAUCUUGGCGGCGUUCAGGGCCGAGGGAUUUAAUUUCUCCUCAUCCGGCAGAGAAGACGUGGACGUCCGAACUCUUGGAAAUGGACGACCGUUCGCGAUGGAGCUGCUGAAUCCUCACAGAUCCAGACUGAACCAGGAGGAGAUGAAGCAGCUGCAGGAGAUCAUUAACAAAUCCUCCGACAAAAUCAGAGUGAGAGACCUGCAGAUCGUUUCCAGAGAGGCCAUGAGUCGCAUGAAGGAGGGGGAGGAGGAGAAGACGAAGACGUACACGGCGCUGGUCUGGACCCAGAAACCCAUCGACAGGGAGGAGAUCGCCUUCAUCGACGACAUCAAGGAUCUGACUCUGGACCAGAAGACUCCUCUGAGGGUUUUGCACCGGCGGGCGCUGGCCGUCCGACAGCGCGUCAUCCACAGCAUGAACGCUCGCUUCCUGGACCCGCAUCACUUCCACCUGGGGCUGAAGACGCAAGCUGGGACUUACGUGAAAGAGUUCGUCCACGGAGACUUCGGCCGCACUAAACCCAACCUGUGUCAGCUGCUGAAGACGGACACGGACAUCCUGGAGCUGGACGUGGAGUCUGUGGACGUGGACUGGCCUCCCGCCAUCCCAGAGUGAACGCCGACCUCUUCUUUAGACCGAGGUGUUUUCCUUCAGGACGACAGUGGAGAACAAGAACGCACCAGAAACAAGGAGAAGGAGAAGAAGAAGAAACCUCCUGGUGGCUCAGUUUUAGGGCGACGCAUGGAAGGAUUUUCUGUUCUUGCGUCUAAAUGUGACCGGUGAGAUCUGUGCCUUCAGCCUUAAAAGGAGACGCGAGCCUGGACUCAUCCAGGAGUUUAGUUUAAUCUUCAGCUUGACUCCAUUAUCAUCUACGUCAUUUACAUCUGUGGGAAGUUGGACCUCUGAGAACAGGACGGAGGUUUAGUUCACGUUUAACUCUUUUAUCACAUAGUUUAGAUUUAACGAACCGGGGAAAAAUGUUUUUAUUCCAUCAGAGGAAAACUUUUCUUCUGUUUCCUCAUUCAGACCCUCAGACACAAUAAAAAAUAAUAAAUAAACUCAUAACACUUUCCACGUGUAAGUUUAGUUUAGUAUUUAUUAUUUUACCUUUGGGUUUUCACUGAGGUGAAGAUGAACUAAAAAACUAUUUUCCGUUCAUAUUCAUGUGUUUUCAAGUUGUUGCGUUUCGUCAUUAAUUGAUAAAAACUCAACAAUAAACGAUGAAGAGUUUGAGUUAAUUGGCUUAAAUUUUUUUUUCACCAACUGUAAAAUAACAAUCAAGAAUAAAAGUUUACAUUCGUAGAGGAAACACAAUCAUUUAAAUUAGAAAACAAUGAAAACCCCUAUGGAGGUGACAGCUGAGGAUUUCUGGAUGUUACAUGUGAGUCGCGCUUGUUGUCAAAGUUUUUUUUAAUUAUUAUUAUUAUUAUUUUUCCAGAGACAAAUUUUGUGUGAUUCCUGUUCAACAAUAAACAAACUAAACUCUGUCCUGUGGCUGAUACUUGAUCAGUUUGAGGAUCUAGUGAAUGUG